AUGCUGUACGAGAUUGUAUUUCUCUCAAGCGAAUGGUUUUUCUGCUCCCAAGGGCCAGAUCACUUUAAAGUACUAACUGAAAUAAUCAAUAAAGGCUACUCGAAAGCCCGCGACCGGUUCGAUAUCGUUGCGUCUCCAAGGAUCGAAUGUCCAUCUGAAUUAUUGAACAGUUUCCAUGUCAAGGAAGACGGAGACUUCGUGUACGCAUUACUAUUGGGCAACAAGCAGAUAUGGAGUGAAAUUGAGACCCAAACAGGAUAUCGUCGUAGGUUCAAUGCAGACAUUUCUCCUAAAUCCCACUGCGAGGACUCUGAUGUUCCACCAAAGAUCUUGGAGUAUUUUGGAGAAUUAGAGCCCCAGAACGUAACUUACACAUUUCUAAAACCAAACGAGCAUAUUGACGAGGAAGUGCAAAACCGUGUUUUCGCAGUCGCAGGGUAUCAGAUCCUGGAGCAACACUUAGUAGAUCAAACGAUAGAGAUCCCAGGCGCCAAGUAUUACGAAUUGACAGGAUUCUGUGCUUUCGGGAAGCGGAUGGGUACAAAAUAUUUAGAGUAUACUAUAGAGCAGUUUUUUGCAGAUCGAAGUUCUCCUAUUGCCAUUGACAAAAGAGCACCCCAGUUCUUUGUUUGUUGCGUAGUUAUAGCUGAACAUGACUUGGUUCCAUACUACACAAAGGUGUGCAAGUUCACUCGUUCCAAAAAAGAAGAUGUCUUGGUGACCAGCGCGGAAAACUUACAGGUGCUAGAGUCCACUCUCAAGUUUAAAAAGGAUUUCCACGUCUCUUUUUUGUAUCGUGAGGUUAUACCUAGUUAG